UUUUUUUGGAGAUGUAGAAUUUGCAAUAAAAGAUGGCCGCGCCCAUUGUUGCAUAUUUUGGUCUUUUAAAGUAAUUUGUGAUUAUUGCUUUUAAUCAACAUUGAAUUAGCAAAAUGAAAUUGUGUUGCCUGUCGCAUAACCCCAGCAAGCCAUGCCUGGUGCUGUACUUCAAGGGUAUGACCAUUAUGUUAGACUGUGGCCUUGACCUCACCCAGUUACUCCACUUUCUGCCGCUUCCACCAGUUCCAGGCUCCAAGAUUACAUCACUACCUGACUGGCUGCUGGCCACAGAGAAGUUUGGAAAAAAUGGGGAGGAACUGGCAACUGAGCUAAAAGAAUGCAAUGGAAGAGUGUUUGUAAAUGGUGUCAUGGAAUUGGCACCACCAGAGUUGUGUAUGGUUGACCUGUCUCAGGUUGAUGUUAUAUUGUUAUCCAACUCUGCCAGUAUGUUGGCCCUGCCUUACAUCACCCUGUACACAGGAUUUAACGGUGCUGUGUAUUGCACAGAUCCUACACUACAGAUUGGCAAGCUUUACAUGAAGGAGUUAGUGACCUACAUUGAAAGAGUUUCACGAACAAAAACCUGCAAUCUUUGGAAGAAGGAUGACAUUCUCAAAAACCUGCCACUUCCGCUGAGGGAUGCUGUCACCCCAAUAGCAUGGCAGAAAUGCUACACGUUACAGGACAUUGAUGCAUGCCUUUCCAAGGUGCAAGUGGUUGGAUUUAACGAGAAGAAGAGCGUGUUUGGAGCCCUGACAGUGAUGUGCUGCAGUUCUGGCUACUCUUUGGGAAGCUGUAACUGGAUUAUUCACUCAGACUAUGAAAAGAUUUGCUACGUAUCAGCAACUUCUACUCUAACCACUCAUCCAAAGCCCAUAGACCAGGCCCCUCUACGACACAGUAAUGUGAUGAUAUUCAGUUCCCUUACACAGACACCCUUGACCAAUCCUGAUUCUAUGAUUGGAGAGUUCUGUGUCAACGCAGCUGUGACCAUUAAAAAUGGAGGCAAUGUGUUAGUGCCGUGUAACCCAUCUGGUGUGACCUAUGACCUUUUCGAGUGCCUGUCGGGACAUCUAGACAGCUGUGGGCUCUCUACUGUCCCACUAUACUUCAUAUCUCCUGUGGCAGACAGCACAUUGGCCUAUUCCAAUAUAUUUGGGGAAUGGCUUUCUGCAUCCAAACAGUCUAAGGUGUAUUUACCAGAACCACCGUUUCCACAUGCUGAGCUGGUUAGCUUAGGAAGACUCAAGCAUUUUAACAACAUACAUGACCUCCAGCAGGACUUCAAGUGCCCAUGUAUUGUGUUUACCGGCCAUCCGUCACUAAGGCUUGGAGAUGCUAUACACUUCAUUGAACUGUGGGGGAAGUCUGCAACCAACACCAUCAUAUUUACAGAGCCAGAUUAUCCGUACCUUGAUGCAUUAGGACCAUUCCAGCCUCUACAGAUGAGGGUAUGCUACUGCCCUAUAGACACAAGUCUGAGUUUUUCCCAAGCCAACAAGCUUAUCAGAGACCUGAGACCCCAGCACCUUGUGGUUCCCGAAACCUACAUAACCCCACCCCCAUCAGUCACACAGAGGCCAGACCUGGUUAUUAACAGUGAGUUAUCUCCCAUUACAUACAAACAAGGGGAGGUUAUUACACUGCCAGUGAAGAGAAAAUAUGAGUGUAUUGAAAUAGACCCAAAGCUUGCCUCCUCUCUUGACCCUGUUGAGAUCAAGCCAGGCUCUGCUGUUUCCAUGGUAAACGCAUCUCUGGUUGUCAAGGACAACAAAUAUAUACUUGAGCCCUUGCCACCUGCAGAUGUUGAAGGCAAACCAUUCAAACCGCGGCCAUAUAUUUAUGGAAGCCUAAACACAAAGGCUUUCGUGGACACACUCUCUAAGCAAGGAAUCUCGGACAUCAAAGUGGAAGACCGAGAUGAGGGUUGUAUUAUACAUCUGCCAAAAGAGGAUAUUUUGAUUCAAGUGGAGCAGGGUUCCACUCACAUCAUGUGUGGCGGAGAUGAAACACUCCGGAUUAAGAUCCGAGAUUCUUUACUCCAGUGUCUGCAAAAGCUGUAAAGCAUGGAUUGUGUGAUAAAACUUAUACAGAAAACUCAAGAUACAAAUUUGAGAUUCCUUAUUCAAAUGUCGUCAAAAGCUGUGAGGCAGGGAUUGUGUGAUUUAAAAUAAUAAAGGAAACUCAAGAUACAAAUUUGAGAUUUCUUACUCAAAUGUCGUCAAAAGCUGUAUAGCACAGAUUGUGUUAUUAAACUUAUUGAGAAAGUUUGAGAUACAAAUGUGUGAUUCCUUACUCAAAUGUCUUUAAAAGCUGUAGGGCAGGGAUUGUGUGAAUUGAUUAAAGGCUAUUCCAUUAAAGCAUAUAACCCCUAAGGGGGAGGGCACUUUUGAAUUAUGCCACCCCCCUACAGAAGCAAAUUUACACUUGUGGUGUCCAAAUUAGCAAAAAUACACCCACAUAUAUACAAUUUGAAUAAUUGCCUCCCCCCAGGGUUUAUAUGUUUUACUGGAAUAGCCCUAAGAUACAUAUUUGCGAUUCCUUUCUCCAAUGUCAUCAAAAGCUGUAAGGCAGGGAUUGUGUUGCUCAACGAAUGAAGAAACUCGAAUGAGGUGCCCGGCUCCACCCAUAUAAUGUGUGGCGCAGAUAAGUUCUGAAUGUUUUUCAUUUAAAUGUGUUAUCUGAACAGGAAAAUAAAAUGGAAUAUACCCAACACAAGGUUUGGCGGAAUAAACAACUAAGAAUAAAUGAAGGAGACUACUUACUCAAAUUUACAAAACUCUACCAUAGAAACAAAGAAGGAAAAAUGCUUGAUGACUUUUGAAGUAAUGUUCUGAGCUUUUGUCAGUAAAAGAUUUUAUGUGGGCUGAGUAUGAAUAAAAUGUAUGCCAUACAAUGUGUGGAAGGAUGAUAAAUGACACAUACUGAUUCAGGACCCCUUUCUUCGAUGUUUUCAAAACAACUAUUGCUUAAAGACGCAUUGAAGGAAAAUGCUUACCGUACCAUAAAUCACUAUAUUUUGUUCAUUAUUCUGAACUUUUGUCAGUAAAAACUGUUUGUUGAACAGAGUAACAAUAAAAUGUAUCAAAACAAUAACAAGGCGCGGAUGAACAACUCCAGAUAAAUGUUAACAUUGAAGACUCCUUCCUCCAAUGUCUUCAAAACAUCCAGCUUAGGAACAUUAAUGGAAAACACUUGAGCUAUUCUUGCUACAUUAUACUGCAGUUCUUUAAGUAACGAGUGUUGAUUUUGCAGAACAAUAAAGAAUUUUGUGGUCAUAUACAUAUAGUUGGCCAAAAAUUUAAAUCUGAAAACACAAAUUAUGCUUGAAAGUUGUGAUAAAAUCUUGAACAUGUGUAACAAAGUGCAUUUCUGAGUUGUUUAAUUGUUUGGUCUCUUGAUUUAUUGAGUCAAUGGGAUGACUGUUGGCACUUAGUGGCCAAUUUUAUAAAAUUUGGUAAUUUAUCAUCAGGCUUUAUUUUGGCAAGUUGGUCAACAGUAGGUAAAUAUUGACCAAUAUUUUAACACCUUAACAAAUCCAAAUAGUUGACCCGAGUUAUAUACCCUUGCAGAAUUCUUAUUUAAUGCUGGACUAGCACACACUGAUGUGGUGAUAAUCAGCCCGGUUAGAUCAGUCGGUAGAGCGUUGGUCUGUGAAUAGGACAACCCGGAUUCGAUUCUCGUGCGGCCAGGUCACUUCUGUUGUGAUUGGUUAUGAAAUCCUUUCAUCGACCAUUCGCACUGUACCACUGCUCCUGGCAUGUACAGAAGUUGUCAGCUCCUUGCAGAGUUGAAGGCACCUAGUACUGGUUAACCGCCUGAUAGUCUGCCCAGGAUUGGUGUGCGGUGGUUGAACUGUCACUCUGGGACCCUUCAAUGUGCUCACGCCGGGACCCGGAGUAUAAACUACUAACACCACCCACCACCCACUGAUUUGAUUUUGUUAUAGAAACACAAAUAUAUAUAGUAAUUGCUUGCCAAAUUGAAUGUGCCUGCUAAGUUUUUAAUAAUUCUUAUAGCAAAUAAAUGACUGCAUACAUGUAC